AUGGCCGACCUCCAAGAACCCGAACCGACACUCAACAUUGACCGUCACCUGCGUUACUGGCGGAUGUGUCUUACCGCGCCGCUGCCCCAUCACUACCUCUCGAACGAAGGCAACCGAAUGGCUUUAGCCUACUUCAUCAUUAAUUCUAUCGCCAUUCUAGAGCCGUCACUCUCCCCGUCAUGCUCAUCGCCAGAUGAGACGUCCAAACCUCAAAGGAAGCCCCUUCUUACUCCAGAUUUGAGAAAGCAGCUACGGAAAUGGAUCCUCGCUCAUCAGCAUCCUGGUGGCGGGUUCAUCGCUACGUCGUCGCUCAUUUUCCCGUUCGAGGAGCCGGACAACCCAGAUGUCUAUCAAUCUAGUCCAGGGGAGUCGUCAGACUACGACCCAGCAGCGGACUACCCCUCCCCAGCCAACCUUCCCGCUACAGUAUUUGCCCUUCUUCUCCUGGCUCUUCUUGCAGAUGAAAACGACCCCGAUGGUGCGUUAGUGGGUGUCGACAGGGUCAAGACGUUGAGAUGGCUAAGGAGAUUGCAAAGAGAGGAUGGGAGUUUCGGCGAGGUCGUCAGGAGGAUGCCCAUUCCGGGCGAGGAGAUGUACAUUGGUGGGGGAUACGACAUGAGGUAUUGCUAUAUUGCAUCGGCGAUACGGUGGAUUUUGAGGGGCGAUGUGAAGGAGGGGGAUGAUGGUUGGGUCGAGGAUAUUGAUAUUGACGGGUUGAGGAGCUAUAUCCUCCGAACACAGACCUACGACGGCGGCUUCGCGGGUAGCUCGCAGGAAGAGCCACAUGCCGGCUAUGCCUUCUGCGCAAUCGCCGCCCUCUCCCUUCUCGACCGCCCGCUAACAAACAGUACCACCCCCCACGCAAUCCCCUCCCUCCACCACGGCAUCCGCGACCUCCCGAACCUCCUGCACUGGCUCUCCUCCCGCCAAUUCGUCUACCUCGACUCCCCCGACGACGACUCUUCCUCUGACUCUGACGAAGACAACUUCCUCCUACCCCCCUCUCCCUCUUCCUUCCUUCCCCCUAACCCCCUCCCCUACGUAGCCCUCAACGGUCGCGCCAACAAACUCCCCGACACAUGCUACACCUGGUGGGUGGGCGCAGCGCUGCGCAUCCUAGGGCACUUCGACCUUUUGGAUGCUGCUCGAGCAAGGAGAUUCCUGCUUGAACGGACUGCGCACACGAUCGGUGGGUUUUCGAAGUACCCUGGCGGUCCGCCGGACGUGUAUCAUGGGUGUUUUGGACUUGCGGCGUUGGGGUUGUUGUCGGAGGAGUGGAGGGCGAGGGAUGGGCUUGCGGAGGUGGAUGCUGCGUUAGCAGUGCCGGUUGGGACGGUGAGGGUUUUGGAAAGGGCGAGGGGGAGACUGCUGAGGGGGGUUGGGAGGUGA